AGAUGAGCAACAGCUUGAAGGCGUCGAGGUUUCCUUUCUGUGCUGUUGUUAUGGCGUCCACCAAUCAGAGGAUCGUGCUGCUCUCGCAGAUCGAGGGACCCCAGACUCCAGAAGAAAUGCUUAGUAUCCUACAACGAGUUGUUGAAGAGUGCAGUACAUCUCUUGUAGCAGCAAGGCUCGAGGCUGAAGAAAGGCGAAAUAAUUUGCGGUUGCGAGAGGAGCAAGAUGCUGCAUACAGGGCAGCACUUGAAGCUGAUCGGGCUAGAGAGCGCCAAAGAAAAGAAGAGCAGGAGCGCUUGGAAAGAGAAGCUGCAGAAGCUUACAAGAAACGCAAGGAGGAGGAAGAGGCUGCAGAAAGAGCAGCUCAGGAAGCUGCUGAGAGACAAGCUGCUUUAGUUAGAAGACGGCAAGAGAAGGCUUUGGAACUGGGUGAAGAACCUGAAAAAGGGUCUGAUGUAACACAAGUUCUUUUUCGGUUUCCAAAUGGAGAGCGCAAGGAAAGGAGGUUCCAGAGUUCUGCAACUAUCGAGUCCCUAUACACAUAUGUCGAUUCUUUGGAUUGUUUGAAUGAUGAGAAAUACAGCCUGGUCUCAAACUUCCCUCGUGUCUCCUAUGGGUCUGAAAAGUAUUCGAUUACGCUCAAAGAAGCAGGUCUCCAUCCCCGAGCCAGCCUGUUUGUUGAGAUAGAAUCAUGAAAAAAGAAAGAAAACUGACAGAUGUUUCAACCGCUUAGUUGGAAUUGGAGACUUAAUGCCUUUAUAUGUUAGGUAUUUGCAUUUUGCAUAAUAGCUCGUCAACAUGGGAACACUAUUCAGUUACGUUGACUUGUAUCUACAUGUUAAAUUCAUUAGGAGAGAUACUGGUUAUAGGUUUACAUCACUUUCUACAAUGGUUAUAUCCUGCCAAUCAAUCUUGUGAUGAUGCCAUAGCUGAUUGUCGAACAUAAUUGGCGUGCCGCUUCUUUGAAAAGUCUUCGCUGCGUUUUUUUCCUGGCUUAUGAUAAAUUGUUCUCUGCUGAGACACGUACACGUUAUCCUAUGAAAUUUUCGUGAUAUUUCCUUUGAAAUUGUAAGCAAGGAAUUGCUAGAGGAUUACAUUGUCAAUAAAAUCAUUAUGUAUUUUUACA